AUGUCUUCCGCGGUAGCAGAAUUGGAGAAUAUUCUCCAAUCCAUGCUGGCUCUCAAGCCUCCUGGUGUAUCGGGCUCCAAGAUCGGUAGCAUCACAUCCUUGUGCACUGCCAACGUGCAGAAUGAAUCAGUUCUCAUCCAAAAAAUUUACACCCACUUCAAGAAGGCACCGGGCUCCCACAAGUUGGGCGUGCUCUAUGUCGUAGACUCAGUAACCCGUCAAUGGGUAGAUGCCGCUCGCAAGGCCGGUCAGGCUCCUGGAAGCGAUGCGCCGGAUGGAACUUUUGCCGCAGGCGUCAAGCGUGUCACUGAUCUGCUGCCUGUCCUGAUGACAGACAUCAUUAACAAUGCUCCCCAAGAUCAAAAGGAGAAGAUCAAGAAGCUGGUUGACAUCUGGGAGCGUGGUAACACAUUCCCGGCGCCCAUGCUAAGCUCUUUCAAAGAGAAAUUGAACGCAACCGUCGAAUCGCAUACGCCUGAAGGCUCACCUGCCCCCAACGCGAACCCACUGGGCGUUCCCCAGCAGCCCGCCGCUGCACCGGAUACCUCGAGCAUUCUGAAGGCAUUGGCGGACAUGGCGAAACAAAACACUGCGGCUCCUGCGGCCCCCUCGGCCCCUGCUCUGGCCAACCCUAUGGCAGCUUUCAAUGCCGCCGCUGCCAUGCCUGCUGCGUCCACCGAGUCGUCUUCGCAGGCUUCUGCUGCCCUGAACCCAUACGGCGCUGCUGCCGGCCCCAUAAACCCCUUCUCGGCGAUGGGAGGUGUCGCUCAGAACCCAGUCAUUCCUCCUCAGAGCCAGAGUGGAACUCCUAACCCCAUGGCCGCUGCCAAUCCACUGGCUGCAUUGAUGCCUCAGGCCGCCCAGCAGCCUGCGAUGGACCCGGCUGCGAUGGCCCAGCAGUUCCAGCUGCUUCAGAUGCUUGCCGCUCAAGGUGUGCCCCAGGACCAGUGGGCCACCGCUUUACAGCUCCUCAGCAUGAGCAGCGCCAAUGGUAUGGGUGCUAUGCCUCCCGCGGGACAGAUGCCUGCUAUGCCUGGAUUCCCUCAGAUGCCAGGCCAGAAUGUCGGCAGCUGGGGUCGCCCUGACUCUCAGAACCGUGAUGACCGAGGCCGCGAGUUCCCUCGCUCUCCUCCCACUGGAUACCGUCGUCGUUCGCGCUCCCCUGGCUGGGACAGACGUCGUACUGCCUCGCCUCCUCGUCGUCGUGAGAGCCCUGUGUACGGGGAGUAUCAUGGUGAUUCCCCUGGCCGUCGUGGUGGAGACCCCCGUGAUGCGCGUGGUCGUCGUGGCAAUGAGUAUCGCCAGCGCAGCCCUCCUCGUGGUGGAGGUCGUCGUCGCUCGCCUUCGCCUGUUCGUAACAAGGAUCCUAACCUUCCUCCCCCCGGUCCCAAGUUUAUCGAGUGGGAUUACUCGAUUGGCCAGGGUGUGAUCAAGGUGUUGAGCCGAACCCUUUUUGUUGGCGGUGUUACCUCCUCGGAGGCUCACUUGCGCCAACUGUUUGGCCAGUUUGGAAUCGUUCAGACUUGCAUCGUCAAUGUGGACAAGCGCCACGCUUUUAUCAAGAUGAUCAGCCGUGGUGAUGCGAUGAGCGCUCGCGAUGGAAUGGAAUCGUACCGUACUGGAGAGAUGCAACUUAGGACUCGUUGGGGUGUCGGCUUUGGUCCCCGUGACUGCAGCGACUACCAGACUGGUGUCAGCGUAAUCCCCAUUGAACGUUUGACUGAGGCUGAUCGCAAGUGGAUGCUUACCGCCGAGUACGGUGGUACUGGUGGACGUCCCAUUGAAUCUGGCAUGAUCGUCGAGGAACCCGAUAUCGAAAUCGGUGCUGGUGUUUCUUCCAAGGCUAUCAGUCGUCGCAUCGCAACUGACACUGGCGGCAAGCGCGGUCCCAUCUCGACCCGCGACACCCGCUUUGGUGGACAACCUGGUGCUGGUGCUGGUGCUGGUGGUCCUGGUGGUGGCGGUCGCCGUGACCGUGAUGGAUACGGUGGCAUGGGUGAUAGCGCUCUUGAACAGGCUCCCAACCUGAACAACCCUGCCGUCCCUCCUGCGGUUCCUGCCUACGGAUUCAACUUUGCCAGCAUGCCUAUGCUACCUCCUGGAUUCAUGAUGGGCGGCGCUCAGGGUGGUUCCAUGCCCGGUGCUCAGCCUCCCAACGGUCAGGGCAACUAA